AUGCAUAGUUUUGGCUACGGCCUCGCGCACGUCCGAAGCGAGGCCGCGCCGGAGGCCCAGGCGCUCGCGGAGAACCUCCGGCGCCAGCUCGAGGAUAGCGAUUACGUGCAAGGAUUGCAGUGUUUUGUGGACGGGGAUUCCCUUUUUGGCGGCGCCGCGCACAACAUUCUGCAGGAAUUCUGGGAGGACGCGGGAUCGAAGGUGCCGGUGGCGCUUUUUUCCAUUUUUAGUCCCCUCCCCGCGGAGCUUCAGUCGUGUCGAGGGAGCUAUCCUUCCCAACCAUCCUCCGUUCCCUUCGCCAAUCAGCGCUGCGAGGAGGUUUGUCUGAAUCGCUUAUUGUCAACUUCGCUUCUUUCCGAGCCCGGCUCGGCGUUGUACGUCCCAAUCGAGAUGGGGGAUUGGCCCUCUUUCUUCUCAAAUAUUGACAAAAUGGCCCCUGAGGGCGAUUCUUUAAAUCCGUCGUGUUCGUGGCUGACGACGGAUGCGGCCACUGCGCAGUAUUUGGCGGCGAUUAUCGAUACCGCCUUGUACGGCACGCGAGAUGGCGGCUCGCUAGCGGCGGCGGAUGCGCAAAAUAGCGCGAUACAUGACGAAACCGGCACUGGGCCCGCGUAUUAUCUUGGCGACUGGUGCCAAACCCUCCGCCCGAGUCCAUCGUGGCGAGUUUCCGCGCUUUUGGGCUCCCUUCCUUUACCCGUCGACCCCCGAUUUCAUCCGCAGCAUAGCGGCGAGCUGUGGAGUUUUCUCCAGGCAACGCCCCUUCUGGGGUUCUCCGAGGGCGCCCAAGUUCCCAACCCGCGAGGGUUUAUCCCUCUUUCGCAUACGAUGCCCUAUGCCCCGCUUUCAAGCGCGGGGAAGGUUGUUGGACAUGCCUUAACUUUACGCGGCGCCGGGGUUCUUCCUUCUCGGGUUUAUCCCCCUGCGGAGGCGAUGCUGCGGUAUGCGAUGCCUUUGCGCACUUCGGCCUACUUACCUUUGCUAACGCGGCAGAAUUAUCCCAUAUCCAGCACCUUUCCCCUGGAGCUUUUGUCGGGGUUGAAAUCGAAUCCCACGGCGUCUGCCAAGGCAAGUAAAGCAUCCAAUUCUUUUUCUAGAAGUUUGGAUAGUACGGAUGUUGGUUCUCACGUCGUGACCACCUUUAAUUCUUCCCCGAUGUUGGAUCGUAUUGUGAGGGAGGCCCAGAAAGCGCUUCGCUAUAAAUCGCAGACGUAUUGCACCUCGUAUUGGAUGGAAGAGGGGGAUUGGAAGGAGCGUAUAGAGGACGUGCUCGAGAUACGCGAUGAUUACCACCACGGAAAUGACGACGGGGAUGAUUUGGACUUUGAGGACUAA